AUGGACCCAAGUUUGUUCAGCUCAAAGGUGUAUCUAGUGACGGGAGGAAAUAGAGGCAUUGGGUUUGCAAUCACAAGCCAACUUCUCGACUAUGAUGCAUUUGUUUAUGUUGUCGACAUUGGACAGGAACCAUCACCUGCUCUACAAGCCAUCGCGAACGAACGUCUCUACUAUCAUUCUGGAGAUGUUCGUGAUCGCAUAGAAUGUCAGGCCCUCCUACAAAAGAUUGUUGGCACACAUUCGCGACUAGAUGGGCUUGUGAACAAUGCUGCUAUCUGUCCUCUGGAAGGUGCAUCCCCAGAUGACUCUAUGUUUGAUGAGGUAAUUGACGUCAAUCUAAACGGUGUUUGGAACUACGGAACUGCUGCGAUUCACCAAAUGAAGACCCAAUCUUCGGGCGGCAGCAUAGUCAAUAUUGGCAGCACCUCUUCCUUAGUUGGGGUGGGCCGCCUACCAGCUUAUACGGCCUCAAAGCACGCAGUCCUAGGCCUCACUCGAUCAUGGGCGAUUGAAUUUGCAGGACAAGGUAUCAGGGUCAAUUGCGUGGCUCCUGGAGGGACCGACACCGCAAUGGCCAGAACUCCAUUGAGGACGGUAAUGGGUCCACGAUUUGGCAUGGAAAAGUCGGAGGAUGAACUCCUGGAGAUGGUUGCCAAGUCUAUUCCAGUUGGACGUAUCGGAAAGCCAGAGGAGAUCGCCAAUACUGUGUGUUUCUUAUUGAGCGAGCUUGCCAGUUAUGUCACUGGCCAGAUAGUCCAUACUGCCGGUGGUGUACAGCCUCUACCUUACAACUGUGGAGUGAUUGCGACAAUCAUUCCUGUCUCCACUGCAAUGGCCGACUCAACUUUACAAGGUGAUUCCCAUUACAACAUCCAGAACCGCUUUCUGAGUACUCGAGGCAUGUGGAAUGAAGACUGGGCAGCUCUUCUGCAACAAAGUCCACGUUACUUCGAAUAUUACCUCAACCUCCGUGAAGCUGCCGGCCUGCGCAGGAACAGACUACCUCCCAAGAUUCAGGAGUUUAUAUGCAUUGCCGUGGCCACUUGUACCACACACAUUCAUGGUCCCGCAAUCCGAUGCCAUAUCCACGCAGCCAGAGCCAUUGGUGCAACAGCAGACGAGAUCAUGGAUGUAAUUGGUCUCACACAGUUGGUUGGGAUUCAUACAGUCACCCUGGGUGCCCCGAUACUUCAAGAGCUGAUUGAAGAAGAAGGGAUCACGAUCAAGCCAGAAGGUGUUGAUUCUGACGAGCUGGACCGAGAGCGCCAGCGAAUAAAGAAUGAUUUCAUUGGUGCCCGUGGAUUCUGGACAGAUACUUGGAAUCCUUUCCUCGACUUGGAUCCAGUUUUCUUUGAAGCCUACUCCAGGUUCUCGGCAAAUGCCUCUAGCUGCCAAAGGUUGGAGCCUAAGCACCGCGAGCUAAUUGUCUGUGCAUUCGACGUGGCCACCACCCACCUGUACGGGCGUGGUACCAAAAUCCACAUGCGCAAUGCCCUACGCUUGGGUGCUACGCCGGACGAGAUAAUGGAGAUGUUAGAGAUCACCAGUCUUAUGGGAAUUGACGGGGUAACAGCAGGUGCACGUUUGCUGGUAGAACAACUGGAGCAUGAGAAACGAGCCUAG